AUGAAAGUCAUCAUAACAACCCUUGUCCUGUGCUUGGUGCCAAUAAAGUGCGAAAGGAGCAUAAAUCAGGCAUACAUUAUGAACUUUGCAGAUUUUCCCCUCCAGCCAAGCACACGACAAGCGAAACAUACAUGGCAAAUAAAAAAAAUAAGACAAAAAAAAAAAAAAAACUGCAUAUAUAUUAGCGGAAAUGACUUGUUCGAAUAUUUCGCCACAUUGACAAAUGAAGAAGAUGAUAUGGAUAAAGAAAAAAAAAAAAGAAAAAAAAAUUAUUCUGUCUCAUAUCUUCAAAAAUUACCAAAAAAAAAACUUUUAUUAAAAAGGUGGAAAUAUGACAUGUAUGAAAAAAUUAAAGAAAAAAUAAAAAACGAUCAAGAAUUAAUAAACAAAACCAAAAUAUGUGGAUACAAAUUCAAAUUACCAAUUGACUUUUUCAAACUAGGAUCUCAAAUAAGGGGAAAAAUUGUCAACGUACAAAAUCAUUUAAUUAAGAUAGAUGUAAAUGCUAUUAAUUUUGCACAUCUCUAUAUUAAACGAUACUUUGAAGAAAAAACACAAGUUCAUAAAAAGUACCAAGUAGGAAAAUACAUCGAUGUUGUUAUCUGUUAUAUCCAUAAAAAAAAUGGAAUUAUUCAAGUCACAGAUAAUGAGGAAGAAAUAAAAAUCUUGCACCGAAGUUUGCGCAAGCUAAGAGACUCAGGAUAUUUACCCAAACUGGGGGAAUCAUCCCUUGACCACCAGAUGACACCACAUUCCGGUCCAAAUCUGCACAGUGCAUCUCCAAAUGGAACCCUAGACGACAACACUAUGCAUCAGCAAGACGAUUCCUCCCUGCGACGAACAUCUGACUCAUUCGUUGAUACGGCUUCUGACUCAUUCGUUGAUACGGCUUCUGACUCAUUGGCUGAUUCGGCUUCUAAUCCAUUGGCUGAUUCGGCUUCUGACUCAUUGGCUGAUUCGGCUUCUAAUCCAUUGGCUGAUUCGGCUUCUGAUCCAUUGGCUGAUUCGGCUUCUGAUCCAUUGGCUGAUUCGGCUUCUGACCCAGUGGCUGAUCCCAUCCACCCGGAAGAUAUUAAAAAAAAACUGGGCGUGAGCUUCCAAACGAACGACGGAGAAACAGACCUCAUGUACAUCAAGGAAGAAAACAUAAUGAAGAAGAGAAAAAAAAUCACAGAUUUUAAAAUAGAAGACACAGUAGGAGGCGUAAUAAAAUUUAUAAAUGAAGAAGGUGCAUACAUAGACAUAGGGUGUGAAACAUUGGCUUUCUUAAAUUUGGGACAUUAUAAUAAGGAUCCAAAAUAUAUGUUUAAAGAUGUAAAAAAGAAGAAACUAAAAGUCAGUGAUUAUAUUAAAAAUUUAAAAAUUCGAAAAAUUGAUAUCUUUAAUAACAGAAUAGAAGUUACAAUCUAUAACAUGCAAGAAGAAGCAUGUCUACGAAUACUAAAUCAACAAGAAACUUUGAAAGAACAAAAUAAGUAUAUGCCAUGUUCAUCCUUUAUUGUGCAUAAUUAUCAUAUGAUUAAUUAUCUUAAAAAAUAUAACGAGCUAAAAAAAAAAAAAAAAAAAAAUAUACAUAAUUUAUUUGAAAAAAAAGAACAAUUAAACGAAUUGAAGAAUGUUACACAUUUAAAAAAAAGUCAAUUUACUCCAUUUAUGUUAAGAUAUAACGAACUUACAACCCCGAAUAAUAAUUAUGAAGAUAUGAUAGAACAAAAUGCAGAUAAUGAACAAUUUCUGAAAGAAAUUGGUGUUUUUCCAAAUUCUCAUAACGAACAAGGAAACAAUAAAUUCAAUUUAGAACUUUUAAGGAAACAAAAUAAAUCAUUAAAAGAAGAAAUUAAUCGUUUUAGAGAAUCCAUUCCUAGCGAUAACGCCACAUCUGGGAUAAGUAGGAAUUAUCAACAUGAUGAACCCAAACUCGAAUGGACAGAAAAACAAAUGCAUCAUAAUUUGAAUCCAUUUUUUACAGAAAAUGCACAAAUGUUGAAUAAUGAAUCCACAACAAAUUUCUCAAGUCAUGAAUAUAGAGACGAAGUAUCUGAAGAAAACCAAAAUUUCCAAAUGGAGGAAGAAUCAGAUGAUAUAUUCCACAUCUGCAAUGAUAAUAUGAAAAAAACAUUUCCUAACAAACAAAAUGACUCAACUCCGGACGGAAAUAAACAAACAUUACAAUAUCUAAAACAAAACAUCAAAAAAAUCAAAGAAAGUGUAAUGAACGAAGGGGUUAAGAAAGAAAAUUCUAAACUACAGCAUGUACAUGAACGAAACGGUAAUGUUCCUUAUGAUGUUUCGCGAAAACUUUUUGACACUUGGAAUAAAGUAGUAACUGAAGAUACUCACAAAAUUCAACAUGGAACUUUUAAUCAGCAUGAGGAGCAGAAGGAUCCUUCCUCGGGAGAUCAAUGUAAUUUUGCAAGCUACCUUGACGAAGGUGAUGAUGAUGGUGAUGAGGAUGAGGAGGAAGAGGGGAAGGAAGCUAAAGACGAUUUCGAUUUCCACCGUGAUCUCAACCAAGGAGAAGGAAAGAAAAAAUUCGCAGGAAAUCCAAGUUACAUAGAAGAAAAAAAAAAAAAAAAAAAAAUGAAAAAAAAAAAUAUCUUUUUAGAUGAUGAACAUGAACCACUGGAUGAAGAAAAUAAAAAUUCAGGAGUGAAGAAUGAAAACAGAUAUGAAGAAGUGAACAAUUACAAAAGAAGUGAGGACGAUUUCAACAGCGGUGACGAAAAUGACGACUAUGGCACUUCAGAAGAAAGUGAAGAGGACUUCCUUAACGUGAAAAAACAUCUAAAAUACAUUAUCAGCCAAAAUGUAAGUAUGAGUUUACCACAUAAUGAAGAGAAAUGUAUUGAGGAAGCAUCUAAGCUGUUUGGAGAUGAUAUCAAAACAUGGGAUGAAAAAAUGUAUUACUAUUUUGGAGACAGGGAUAAUGUUUCUCUUGAUGGUUUCGAUAUUUAUGAUCAAGAUGAAUUUAAAAUUAACACUGUCAAUAAUAAGAUUCAAGAAUUUAGUGAAUAUGACAAAAUUCUGGACUCACACAAGUUUAAUGGAUCGUCUGAUAUAGACCUUAUGGGAGCCAAAUAUGGGGACGAUAGUGUAGUAGAUGCCACAUCUGCUAAUGAUUGCCAAACUAGUCAUAAUCCAAUCGAAACGAGAAACAGUCAAAAGGAUUCACAAGGAUCCUAUCUUGAUACAGAGGAAGUAGACCGAGAUAGGGAAAAAGGGUAUGGGACUAAGGGAGAAAAUAUCAUUUGUGCAUAUAAUAUGAAAAUGGACAAACAAAUUGAUGAUAAUGAAGGGGAUCUCGAAAAUUACAUGAACACCUUUUUGGAUGAUGAAGAUGACUCAAAUGAACAAACAUAUGAACAAAUGCAGGUAAAAAAACAAAUACAAAAUGAUGAACCCAUUUUACAUCCACCAAAAGAAAAAAGAAAAGACAAAAAGAUUAACCCAGUUAAAGACACAAAUGAAAGAUCAACUAUAUUGAAUACCUCAAACAAAGGAAUAAAAAAGAGUGACACAAACCAGCUCAUUGAUUUGGUGCACAGAGAGCAAAAAGAGGAUAUAGAAAAUGCCGUGAAAUCUUCAUCUGAGAACCAGAUAAAUGUUUCUGAUAUUUUGAAUAAGGCCAUAAGAAUAGGAGACAUGUUCAGAAGGAAGGAACUGGAAAAACUUCUUCAAAGAAGAAAGGCACAAACGUCCAAUCGUAGCGAUUGUUAUGAUGGUACAGACAGUGAUGAAGACAGUGAUGAAGACAGCGAUGGGGAUAGAGAUGAAGAUAGAGAUGGUGGUAGAGACCAUUCGAGGAGUUCCAUCACGAGGGAAAUUAAUGAGCACCUGGGCGAGGGGCCAAUGGAAAAUUUCUCACGUAAGCCCUUCCUCAGGGUUAGCAGAAUUGCACGACAGGGCAAUAAGGAGGGGGAAAGUGCGAAAUUAAAAAAAAAUGAAGAAGAAGAAGAAGAAAGUAAAAAUGCAAAACGAAAUUGCAUGGAAGAUGUUUCAGGAAGCAAUAAAAGGAACACCCAUGAUAAUCGAGACGAUAUGAAAUUAUACAAGCAUGCAUCAUACGAUGUGCAAGGAUAUUAUAAGAGAAAAAGAAAAGUGAGAAACAUUGACGAUUUAGAAGCUGUGGAUUCAGAAAAUAAUGAUGACCUAAUUUUAAAUAAUAACGAUUUUCUAGAUAAUAAUGCAAAUGAAGGUACUGAAAAUUGUGACAGCUACAGGGACAACCGUGACGAUGGAGCAGAAAAGAGGAACGGUUAUCCGGAUGAAAUACAUAAAGAAUCUUUAAAACUGGAUCAGCAAAUGGAUAUGUUCUUCUUGCUUGGGAAGAACGACAAAAUAACACAAGGCAAUUAUUUAGAAAAAUUACUCACAAAAGAAAAAAUUGAAAACAAAGGUGCCAGCAAAGAAAUUGAUAUGCUCCUUCAACAUUACAGAUAUGUCAAUGAACAUCCGGAUGAGUUUAUUAAAAGUUUUUAUAACGAAAAUGGGGAAACAAACAAAAGUGCUGAUUUUCUUGAAGAAAACUUUACAGAUAUAGACAAAAAACAAAAACAUAUUAUAGAAAAACAAUCAAAUAGUAUAGCGAAUUCAUUCAAUAUAAUCGAAAGGGAAGGAGAUCCAAGAACUAAACAGUCUAAACAAAGAACCCAUGAAACUAUAGCGAACUACAUGAAUACAAAAUCAAUAAAUGCAGUAGAAACAGAAUUGAAUCAUAUGUCUAAUGAAAGUUUAGCCUUACGAUCAUGGUCAUUGAAACUAGGUUUAAUAAAAGAAAAGGAUAUGCAUUUAGAUGAUCAGUCACUCAUUAAUCAUUUUAUAAGUAACCCCAAAUUUAAGAGAGCCUUAAAAUAUUACAACAUUAAAAAUACAAAAAAUGUCACCAUACCAUUGAUUUAUAAAAUGACUAAGCUGCUUUACUUUGAGAGGCCUUUUCCUAGGAAGGAACAAAAUCGCAAGUUGAACAUGAAUUAG